AUGCUGUUGGAUGUGCAGUCAAAUUUUAACAGCAAGAACACCGUAUGUGUUAGAACUUCAAGUGCAAUACAGAGAGACGCCCAGAUGAGUUGUAUUCAUAUCACUGCCUGCCAUCCUUGUUUAAAUUCUGCAUCUCGACCACAGGCUUUGCUACUUGAUAAGAAAUCUACAUGGUUUUCAACUUACCCGGGAAUGAAAAUUCUUAAGAUUUCCCUGAAACGGACCUCUGCCGCGUUUAGGCACCAGCGCUCUGCACCAGUAUGUUUAUUUGGUGGUAAAGGGAAGAGUGAAAAUGAGGCUUCUCCAUGGAAAUCUCUUGAGAAAGCCAUGGGAAAUUUGAAAAAGGAACGGUCAGUUGAGGAUGUUUUGAAACAGCAGAUUCAGAAACAGGAAUAUUAUGAUGGAGGUAAUGGUGGAAAAACUCCAGGUGGCAGUGGUGGUGGUGGUGGUGACGGGUUUGGUGAAUCUGAAGAUGAAAGUCUUUCUGGGAUGUUGGACGAGUUUAUGCAAGUAGUAUUGGCAACUAUUGGAUUCGUGUUUCUGUACAUUUACAUCAUCGAUGGUGCGGAUAUCACUGUAUUAGCUAGAGACUACAUCAAGUUUCUGUUUGGAGGACAAAAGAGCUACCGUCUAAGGCGUGCCAUGUAUCAGUGGAAAAUGUUCUUCAAGAUGCUGACAGAGAAGAAAGAGGACGAUGAUCCAUAUUGGCUUGAACGUGAAAUACUUAAUACCCCCACGUGGUAUGAUAGUCCCGUUAAGUAUAGGCGCCUCAAGGCUUAUCUGGAUUCAAAAUCUUACAAUUGA